AUGUCCAAAGUGGCUGGUGACGUGGUCGAUGACGUGGCAAUGGAAUCUGACGUGGCUGGUGACGUGGCAAUGGAAGCUCCAACUUGGCACAUGGUGAUCCACUUAGAUUCUUGGAGAUUAGAGUUAAUCAAGCUGAAACCUAUCUUUGACACUAGCUAUUUGCCUCUUGAGUUAUAUGAUAUCAAGUCUGAGUAUGUUAAAUUGGUUUUCAAAAAUCAUACCAUUUCGUUAACAUUUGCUUCUACUUUGGCGUCUUCCAUAUCUUUGGCUCUAGUGUCACACUCUCUGGUUAUUGCAAUUUCGUUUCUUCCAGUUUCGUUUGUUGAUUAUUUUGAUAAAAUUAGCAAGUAUUUGUGCUUGUUUGUGAAUUUUAGUUCCCAAAGGAACAAGGGAAGCAAACUCUUGAGUUGUAAAAGGCAAGAGUGUGUGAGUGCCAAAAGAGGCCAAAUCAUGUCUCAAUUACAAGAGACAAGUGGUAGUAGUGGAGGUAAUGAAGAAAAAAGGGAGUUUCCUGAUGAUCGAAUUUUUAAAGAAUCUGUAGCACAAAGCUUUGAAAGGAUGAAUGUGCAAAUGAAUGACUUUAGAGAUGAAUUGGAUGUAUUGAGGGGAAUGAGAAAUGAGAUGACCAGGUUUAUGGAAGAGAUGAGAAGGGACAGAGAAGAUAGAAAUAGGAGGAAUGAUGGGGGAGCAAAUGUGGGAAAUCCGAAUAGAAAUGAAGAUGAGUAUGAUGAAGCUUAUGACUAUGGCAACUACCAUUAUGGUGGAAGAGGGUAUAGACCACCUAGGGGUAGAGGGCCUAGGGGAAGAAGGGGUGGCAGAAAUUUUAGGUUCGGUGAUCAUUGGGAUAGAGAUGGGAAUGAUGAGAGAGUUGAUGGGAAUUUAGCUAGUAUAAAAAUGCAAAUUCCACCUUUUCAUGGGAAGGAUAAUCCAGAUGUUUAUUUGGAGUGGGAGAGACAGGUGGAGUUGAUUUUUGAGUGCCACCAUUAUUCUGAAGAGAAGAAAGUGAAGUUAGCAGCUGUAGAAUUCAAAGAGUAUGCAAUUGUAUGGUGGGAUCAGUUGUUGAGUAGGAGGAGGAGAAAUGGGCAACGAACCGUGGAGACAUGGGACGAAAUGAAGGGAAUCUUGAGAAACAGGUUUGUGCCACCUUACUACCACAGAGAGCUGCUUCAAAGGUUACAAAAACUCACUCAAGGUACUAAAAGUGUCGAAGAAUACUACAAGGCCAUGGAGAUAGCUUUGAUUAGAGCUGAUGUUGAGGAGGAUCGAGAAGCUACAAUGGUUCGCUUUUUGAAUGGGUUAAAUCCUGAAAUUGCUAAUAUUGUGGAGCUGCAACCUUGUGUGGAGGUGGAGGAUAUGCUACAAAUGGCACUUAAAGUGGAGAAGCAACUAAAAAGGAAGAAUGUGGCUAGAUAUGCACCAGCCAACCAUUCGGCUCCUAGGAGUAAUUGGAAGUCGAAUUGGUCUGCUCCUUCAAGGGUGGAGAAAGAAGUUCCCAAAUUCAAGAAAGAAGAAUGGAAAGGAAAGGAGAAAGUAGAGGAGAAGAACAAGGGAGUUCCUACUAGGACUAGAGAAUUGAAGUGUUUUAAGUGCUUGGGAAAUGGACAUUAUGCCUCACAAUGUCCAAAUAAAAGAGUGAUGGUUGUUAGGGAAAAUGGAGAGUUAGAAAGUGAAGAGGAAAGGGAGGAAGAAUCUCAUAAUGUUGAUGAGCAUGAGGAUGAUUGCUACGAUGAGGGAGAUCAGCCACCUAUGGAUGGCAAUAUCCUUGUCACCAUGCGCACACUUAGUGCACAAGUGAGUAUGGAGUGUGGUGAUGAAAUGCAAAGGGAGAACAUCUUCCAUACUAGGUGCUUGGUGAAUGACAAGCUGUGUAGUGUGAUUGUAGAUGGAGGGAGCUGUUGUAAUGUGGCUAGUUCACUCUUGGUGGACAAGUUGGGUUUGCCUACUACCACACAUCCAAAACCAUAUGGCUUGCAAUGGUUGAAUGAUUGUGGGAAGUUGAGGGUUACAAAACAGGUGGUUGUGCCAUUCACCAUUGGCAAGUAUAAUGAUGAGGUACUUUGUGAUGUUGUGCCUAUGGUUGCUACGCAUCUUUUGUUGGGCCGUCCAUGGCAGUAUGAUAGAAGUGUUGUGCAUGAUGGUAGGAAGAACAGGUACACGGUCACUAAGGAAGGUCGAACAUACUCAUUGCUUCCUAUGACACCAGCUCAAGUGCAUGAAGAUCAAAUAAGGAUGAAGAAAAAGAGAAAAAGAGAAAUAAAAGAAAAGAAAAUGAGAGCAAAUGAGAAAAAGGAAAGCUCGGGGCAAAAGGAGAGUGGAGAGAAGAGAAUGAGUUUGUAUGUGAAGGAAAGAGAAGUUAGAGAGGCUUUACAUUCAGGAAGACCUCUUUGUAUACUUAUGUACAAGGAGGUUAAUUUAUGUGUUACUGACCUUGAUUCACAUUUGCCUAGUGAUGCUUUGUCUCUUAUACAGGAAUAUGAAGAUGUCUUCCCCAAUGAGUUGCCACCAGGAUUGCCACCUAUCAGAGGGAUUGAGCACCAGAUCGACUUAGUACCUGGAGCACAAAUACCGAAUAGACCAGCAUACAGAACAAAUCCUAAAGAAACAAAGGAGUUACAAAGGCAAGUGGAGGAGCUUAUGGAGAAGGGCUAUGUUAGGGAGAGCAUGAGCCCAUGUGCUGUACCUGUGUUGCUAGUGCCAAAGAAGGAUGGGAGUUAUCGCAUGUGUGUGGAUUGCAGAGCCAUCAAUAAAAUCACUGUAAAGUAUAGACACCCAAUCCCUCGCCUUGAUGAUAUGCUUGAUGAGUUGCAUGGUGCAAGUGUGUUUUCUAAGAUAGAUUUGAAAAGUGGUUACCACCAAAUAAGAAUGAAAAUUGGUGAUGAGUGGAAAACUGCUUUCAAAACUAAAUAUGGGUUGUAUGAAUGGAUGGUGAUGCCAUUUGGGCUCACAAAUGCUCCUAGCACUUUUAUGCGUUUGAUGAAUCAUGUGUUGAGGAAUUUCAUUGGAAAAUUUGUUGUUGUGUAUUUUGAUGACAUUUUGAUUUACAGCAGUAACAUAGAUGAACAUUUGCAUCACUUGAGACUUGUUUUUGAUGUGUUGAGAAAUGAGAAAUUGUAUGCGAAUGCGAAAAAGUGUUCAUUUUGCUUGGAUAAGGUUGUUUUUCUUGGUUUUGUUGUAAGUAGUAAAGGUGUACAGGUUGAUGAAGAGAAAAUCAAAGCCAUUAGAGAUUGGCCAAUUCCUAAGAAUGUGUCUGAGGUUAGGAGUUUCCAUGGAUUGGCUAGUUUCUAUAGGCGAUUUGUGCCUAAUUUUAGUACAAUUGCUGCUCCUUUGAAUGAAUUGGUGAAAAGGAAUGUUGCAUUUGAGUGGAAAAAGAAACAUGAACAUGCAUUUUCUGAACUUAAAGAUAGAUUGUGUUCUGCACCCUUGUUGAGUUUGCCAAAUUUUGAUAAGACUUUUGAAAUUGAAUGUGACGCAAGUGGUGUAGGAAUUGGUGCGGUUCUUAUGCAAGAGAAACGACCAAUAGCAUAUUUUAGUGAGAAAUUGCAUGGAGCUGCCUUGAAUUACUCUACUUAUGAUAAGGAGAUGUAUGCAUUAGUUAGGGCCUUGGAAACUUGGCAACAUUAUUUGUGGCCUAAAGAGUUUGUCAUACAUUCAGAUCAUGAAUCAUUGAAGCAUAUUAAGAGUCAAAAUAAAUUGAGUAGAAGGCAUGCUAAGUGGAUUGAAUUUUUGGAGUCAUUUCCAUAUGUGAUUAAAUACAAGCAAGGAAAAGAGAAUGUUGUAGCUGAUGCACUUUCUAGGAGACAUGCACUUUUGUCUACACUUGAUGCUAAAUUGCUUUGUUUUGAGUUCAUGAAAGAAUUGUAUGUUGAUGAUGCAGAUUUUUGUAAUGUAUAUGCUGCUUGUGAGAAAAGUGCAUUUCAGAAAUUUUAUAGGCAUGAUGGAUACUUGUUUAAGGAGAAUAAAUUGUGUGUGCCUAAAUGCUCUAUGCGAGACUUGCUUGUUUUGGAGUCACAUAGUGGUGGUUUGAUGGGACAUUUUGGUGUUGCUAAGACUUUAAACAUAUUGCAAGAACACUUCUUUUGGCCACAUAUGAGGAAAGAUGUUGAUCGAAUGUGUUCUAGGUGUGUUGAAUGCAAGAAAGCAAAGUCUAGAGUAAUGUCAAAUGGUCUUUACACACCCUUGCCUGUUCCUAAGGAACCUUGGACUGAUAUUUCUAUGGAUUUUAUUUUGGGUUUGCCUAGGUCUAGGAGAGGUCAUGAUUCUAUAUUUGUGGUUGUUGAUAGAUUUUCUAAGAUGGCACACUUCAUACCGUGUCACAAAACAGAUGAUGCCACAUACAUAGCCAAUUUGUUCUUUAAGGAGAUAGUCAGGUUACAUGGUAUACCUAGGACUAUAGUAAGUGAUAGGGAUGUUAAGUUCCUAAGUCACUUUUGGAGGGUGUUGUGGGGUAAGUUAGGUACUAAACUGUUGUUCUCAACUACUUGUCAUCCCAGGUGA